AAGAAAUGAAGCGUAAUGCUGAAUGGGCUUAUGUAGGUGCAUUGAUUAUUCAAACGCACAAGAUGAUGCAAAUAUCAAAAAAUAAGACUUUUAAAGAUGAUGACAAGCGCAAAAAGGAUUUAAUGACAAUUCUAACAAAUUCAAUCCCGGACGACACAUCUGCUAUUCAAGCUGGUCGAUACAAACAGGUUUAUGAUCAUAUCACUGAUUUAAUAUCAAAAUUGGAAAAGCAGGAAAUUCUUUUUGAGAUUUGGUAUCUUUUAUUAAACAAAGCUG